CUCUACUGUCCUCCAAUGCGCAGGGUCCCCCGGCCAGCGUGCCGGGCUUUGCUCCCGGCUUCAGCGGGGGGCAGCACCCCCACUUUUAAAACUAUUCCCGCGCCACUGGCUUUGGCUGCCCAGCGAGCUAGAGGUCCUGCGCCUACAGGCUGUCGCUCUAAGGCGGAACACGUGACAGAGCCAGCCUGCAGCGGGCCCCGGGAGCCGCUGGGUGUCGCUGUUCCUGCGGCCGCCCCAUCAGCCCUUGCUCUCCAGCCCCGCCCCCUCCUUUCCUGCGCCGCCAUUGUGGUGAUCGGCUGGUCGCUCCGCACCAUGUCGUCCCACAAGACAUUCAAGAUCAAGCGGUUCCUUGCUAAGAAGCAAAAGCAGAACCGGCCCAUCCCACAAUGGAUUCGCAUGAAAACUGGCAAUAAGAUCAGGUACAACUCCAAAAGGAGGCAUUGGAGAAGGACCAAGCUGGGCUUGUAAAGAACUGCUCACAUGGGAACUCUGAUGACACAAAUGUCUCCUGCCCCAAGACCUGAAAUACUCGUUGCUAUAAAAACCACCAAUGAUUCAUUUUGGAAUGUUGAAUCUUGUUUACUGCCUCCUUCCCUCCACAACAAAAAAUCCAAACUGUGGUCUUGAAAGAUAACCUUCAACAGACUCUUUGGAAUAAGUGUAAUUGAAAAAAUAAAACUGUUUCAUUGGGGUUUAUUUCUGUGCUCACAUAUUGUUGACUUAAUUUGUAUUGCCGGUUUACAGGUUUGUUAAUAAAUAUGAGCAUUAUUGAUCCUUUAA